UUUGCCGGGACUUCGCCAUCCUGGAGGAUCACACAUUGGCCCACAGCCUGCAAGAACAAGAAAGUGCUAAAUACCACCUCGCAAAUAUUUUAAAUUGCAAUAAGCUUAUAUUAAGGGAUUUACUAGAGCAGGAGGACUGCGAGAUCGCGCAGGAAAUCCAAGUCAAGCUGGUCAUCGAAGCGGAGCAGAGACGGCGGCAGGAAGAGGACGAUGAGGAUAUUGCACGGAUUCUACAGCGGAAGGAACUCCAGGAAGAAAAGAGGCGGAUGAAGCCUCCCCCCCCAGCAGAGCCUUCGAGGCACAGCCCUUACGAAGACGCUCCCUACCAAGACGGCAGAGGCACAAAAUCGAAAGGCGCGAAAGAAGCCGCUUACCAGAAACCCCGCGUGGCUGGCCAGGACCUGGAGUUCUAUGAUGCGGAGAUUGCCCGGAAGAUGCAAGAGGAAGAGCUGCUGGCCAGCCACGUGGACAAGAGGGCGGCCCAGGUGGCCCAGGACGAGGAAAUCGCUCGCCUCCUGAUGGCGGAGGAGAAGGCGGCGUACAGAAAAGCCAAGGAGCGAGAGAAGCCGUCUUUGGACAAGAGGAGGCAGGACCAGGACUGGAAGCACGAUACACAUGAGUUGGUGCACCCGAGGACCAGAGAAGGUCACGAAGGUCACAGGCACAGGAGCGACAAACCGACACGGCCACCACCGCCUCCCACGGACGACUUCGGCCACCUGGGCAGUCCGGCCGGCCCACAGAUCUCGGCUCAUCAAAGCCCCAAGCCGGACUCUUCUCAUAAAGGUUACCACUACAAGCAGUAGGCAAGCUAGACUUUGCGUUGAUACUGACUCUCUUCUGUAGCAGCUAUAACUGGAAUACGUCUGGGAGACCUUCGGAGGGGUUCCCCCCCCUCCCCCGAGGGUUCCGGAAGCUGGACGGCCUCCGCACACGAACAGUGCCUCUUUUUCUUCUGCCUGUGGGUUUCUUUCUUCUUUGUUGUGUCUCUCCUCUCUUGAGGCAGGGCAGGUAAACCUCCCCUGGAUGUAGCUGACCCAAUCCUUCCCCCCCACCCCUGCCCUGCAGGCGGAAAAUCACAUUUAACAUUUGCUCCCCUAUCUACUGUACGGGCUCUGGAGCCGUCGUCAUUUCCAUACCUGUUUGUGCAACAGGGAGGCCUAGGAACGUAUUACUGGGAGGCGCCAUGGGGGCGUUCAGAGACCGGGGGGGGGGA